CGGGAACUUCGAUGGUGGACAGGUGUUGGAGGGAGUUGAAAUUAUAUUUCGCGCACAUGUCACGGUUUGGGGCGUGUAUAGACUGUAAGAGACGAACUGGGCAUCAUCAGGCUGAAAGUGUCGAAAACAGGUCGGAUAGACCGGAAGCGUCCUCUGUGGUCAAAGUGGUGUCUGGUGUUUGAGCGUAAUUACCACUUUCUAUGAAGACAAUCUCAGUUAUAGGGUUGAGAGCCCGAUACUUCACCAGAUGCGGGAUGGUGUUUUGAGUCAACCCUCGCAUAGAGGCAUCUGACACUGCAGCUUUUCCUAAGCUUUCAUAUGUGGGAGGUCAAACCCUACAUCUCUCAAAAGUGGCAGCAUCCGGCGUUAAAAUCUUGCAGCCGCUCUUGUGACACGGAAACCUCCCCUAGCCAGCUCAAAGCCGCCUCCGCUCCGUCCACACCUAUCUCGACAGAACCGCCAUCAAAAGACGAUAGAACCGCCACCGAGAAGAUGUCAGAGGCUGGAACGGAAUACUUCAUGCCCGACUUGGCCUCUCCAGUGAGCACCCCAGGACGUGGACUCGUGCCUUUUGCAACAACACCAAAGACACUGGGAAUCGACUGGCGAUAUGGGGCGCAAGGCACAAGUCUCCUCGUGAACGCCGCCGAAGAGUCUCGCCGCAGUGGCAACAGCACCUUCAGCUCCAACUUCGAGCGAUCGACCUACAUAACCGGUCUCCAGAACCUGCUCAACGGGCUACCCAUAGACCUACGCAAUGCCGAAAUAGCCACACUGCAGCAUGCGAUCCCGCCGGCGGUGGUGAGGAAGAUCGUCCAAGAGAGUAGUCCUACCAAAGACAACAAGCCUUCAGAUACAAAACACAACAAGAACGUCCAAAGGGAAAACUUGCUCCACAAGUUCCUUCUUUGGAUUUUCUGCCUGGUUGAUCGGUGGGUCUGGUUUGUUUGGCCAAAGGUUUUGUGUUUCUCUGUUAGGAUGAAGCAGAUCAGCCAGGAUCACGGACAAGAGGUGGCGGGCAGUCUGGGGAGAGGCGCGUUGUCGGUCGCUGGUGCUGUCAUCUUCGUUGUGAAUCAGGAACCCGUGAUGGAGGCGGCGCAGGCGAUUAGCAAAUGGGUUUAUGAGGGGGUGUCGGGUGCUGUAGCGGAUUUUGUGGCGAUGAAGUGGAAGCAAGAAGGAGAAAGAGGAGGAGAGGAGGAGCGCGAGGAGGUCAAACUGAAGGCAUCUUAG